CCUGUUCUUGCAGAUCCAAAAUGGCGACUUUGUCUUUAAGGGGGCCGGCGGGGAGCAGCUUGUCGCUGGGGCCGAGGAGGGCGGCUGCUCGGCCAGAUCUCCGGCUCCGCCGAGUUCGGAUCACCGCGGCGGGAGGGGGUGAUGGCGCCGCGGGCGAGCCGGACCUUCGAGUUCGUGUAAAUGGUGUGGAGAUGCCUAAUCCCUUCGUGAUCGGGUCCGGGCCGCCUGGGACCAACUACACCGUCAUGAAGAGGGCCUUCGAUGAGGGGUGGGGGGCCGUCAUAGCCAAAACGGUAUCCUUGGAUGCUGCGAAAGUAGUGAAUGUGACUCCUCGUUAUGCUCGGCUUCGGGCAGGAUCAAAUGGGUCAGUAAAGGGACCAAUUAUUGGAUGGGAGAAUAUUGAACUUAUCAGCGAUCGGCCUCUUGAAACUAUGUUAAAUGAGUUCAAGCAACUAAAAGAAGAGUAUCCUGAUAGAGUCCUUAUUGCUUCAAUUAUGGAGGAAUAUAAUAAAGAUGCUUGGCAAGAACUUAUUGAGCGAGUGGAAGCAACUGGAGUGGAUGCCCUUGAAAUCAAUUUUUCUUGUCCUCAUGGGAUGCCAGAGCGGAAGAUGGGUGCUGCAGUGGGGCAAGACUGUACACUUCUGGAGGAGGUAUGUGGAUGGAUAAAUGAAAAAGCAACUGUACCUGUCUGGGCAAAGAUGACUCCAAACAUAACAGAUAUUAGUCAGCCAGCUAGGGUGGCUUUGAAAUCAGGAUGCGAAGGUGUUUCUGCAAUUAACACAAUAAUGAGCGUGAUGGGGAUUGAUCUCAAUACAUUACGUCCUGAACCCUGUGUCGAGGGUUACUCCACGCCUGGUGGCUACUCUGCAAGGGCUGUCCAUCCUAUUGCACUUGGAAAAGUUGUGCAGAUUGCAAAAAUGAUGACAACAGAGUUUGGUAAUACAGAUUGUUCACUUUCUGGGAUCGGAGGAGUUGAGACCGGUGGUGAUGCUGCUGAAUUUAUUCUUCUUGGAGCAAAUACUGUUCAGGUAUGCACAGGUGUAAUGAUGCAUGGCUAUGGUCUUGUCAACAAGCUUUGUGCUGAGCUGAAGGAUUUUAUGAGGAAACACAACUUCUCAUCCAUAGAAGAUUUCAGGGGUGUCUCGCUUCAGUACUUCACCACCCACACCGAUUUGGUGAAGCGGCAGCAGCAGGCGAUUAGGCAGAGGAAAGCCGUGAGGAAGGGUUUGCAAUCGGAUAAAGAGUGGACAGGGGAUGGAUUUGUGAAGGAGAGCGAAAGCAUGGUGUCCAACUAAAAAGCCAUGGAAAGUGAAAUAAAUGUUGGUGAGAAACCAAGGAAUUCUCCUUCACGCUCAUGGGAAAUAACAUGUUCUUUUUAUCGUAUCAAGCCUGUACUCUUUCCCUUUUCAUGUUCUAUCGUGUUGAAGAUGAACAAAUUACACAUGUCAAAUGAGAUGGUGGCAUGAUUAUUAGUAUGUGUUAUUUCAUUUUACAUCAAUGUAGAAAACACAUCAAAAAGUGGCAAAAUUAUGUUUUGUCUCAUUAUUGGGUA